CUGUUUCACUGUUUUGUCCAGGCUGGUAUCAAAAUCCUGAGCUCAAGCAAUCUGCGGGUAGGGCUUUUUCUUAUUGUUACUCUCUGUAUUGAUUUGUUCAGGUUGCCAUAAUAAAGUACCACAAACUGAGUGGCUUCUUACACAACAUAAAUUGAUUGUCCAUAGUGCUGGAGGUGAGAAGUCUGAAAUCAAGGUAUUGGCAGGGUUUGUUACCUGUGAGGGGAAGAUCUGCUCCUAGCCACUCUCCUUGGCUUGCAGAUGCCCAUCUUCUCCCUGCUUGUUCACAUAAUCAUCCUGUGCAUGUCUUCAUGUCCAAAUUUCCUCUUUUUUAUAAAGAAAAUAGUCAUAUUGGUUUAGGGCCCAGCUAAUGACCUCGUCUUAACUUGAUUACCUCUGUAAAGACCCUAUCUCCAAAUAAGAUCAUAUUCUGAGGUACUGGGGGUUAGGACUUUGAAAUACGAAUGGGGGUGAGCACAAUUCAACUCCUGACACCCCUCUUCGUGUUACAUUUCAGUAGAAGACCAGUGAGCCUCAGGUAGGAACCUGGAAAGCCCUACUGUCUUGUUUCCUUCCAUCUUCCUUUUCUUUUUUCCUCAAUGGCUUUCAACUCUGAUGCACAUUAGAAUUAUCCAAGCAGUUUUUUAAAUUUCUGAUUCUGAACUCCACCCCUAGACCAACUAAAUCAGAAGAAAACUUGCAGGGAAACCUAAUCCAAGAAGGGAUUAAGGAAGGCUUCUGAUGGGAAGGGAUUCGUUUGCUAAAUUUUGAAAAAUGAAUGGGUGACUGAGAUAGAGAAUAAUGAGGGGUGUAGAGAGAAGAACAUCAUGACCAAAGAUUUAGUGGUGUCAGACAACAUGGGUGGGCUGGCAAGGCUUGUGUGUGUCCUGAUGGCACAGGGAGGAAUGCAGGUCACACACAGGGUCACAGGAGCAACCCUACAGGCAGCUGUUGCUGUGAGAUAAACGUCCGUCCACACAGGAGGUGCUGAAAGAUAAAGCUGCCAAGGCAGGCAGGGGCCAAAUGAAGAGGGGAUGUGUGCCUCACGCAAAGGGGCCUGGGCUUCCACAUCAGUGUUUCAGAAACGGAGUUGCCAUCAUCCUGGAGCUCACUCCUGACUGUCAUGUCAGGUAUGGCUGCACUCCUGUCAACUGCAUUACCAUCUGAUUCUACUUUCAUAAGCAAUGACAAAGGCUUAAAGGAUGGCCUCCUCAGAUCUGGAACUGUUAUGCUCUCAUGUUAAUGAAAAGAUUGGCAAUAUUAAGAAAACCUUGUCAUUAAGAAACUGUGGCCAGGAACCUACCUUGAAGACUAUGUUAAAUAAAAUAGGAGAUGAGAUCAUUGUAGUAAAUGAACUUCUAAAUCAAUUGGAAUUGGAAAUUCAGCAUCAAGAACAAACCAACAAUUCACUCAAGGAACUCUGUGAAUCCCUUGAAGAAGAUUACAAAGACGUAGAACAUCUUAAAGAAAACAUUCCUUCCCAUUUGCCACAAGUAAGAGUCACCCAGAGCUGUGUUAAGGGAUCAGAUCUUGAUCCUGAAGAACCAGACAAAGCUGUGGAACCUGAACCCAUAAAGAAGCCCCCCAAAGAACAAAGAAGUAUUAAGGAAAUGCCAUUUAUAACUUGUGACGAGUUCAAUGGUGUGCCUUCGUACAUGAAAUCCCGCUUAACCUAUGGUCAAAUUAAUGAUGUUAUUAAAGAAAUCAACAAGGCAGUAAUUAGUAAAUAUAAAAUCCUGUAUCAACCAAAAAAGUCUAUGAAUUCUGUGGCCAGAAAUCUCUAUCACAGAUUUAUUAAUGAAGAAACAAAGGAUACCAAAGGUCGUUAUUUUAUAGUGGAAGCUGACAUAAAGGAGUUCACGACUUUGAAAGUUGACAAAAAGUUUCAUGUGAUACUGAGUAUUUUACGACACUGCCGGAGACUAUCAGAGGUCCGAGGGGGAGGACUUACUCGUUAUGUUAUAACCUGAGUCCCUUGUAAACUUUUGAAUGGGCCAACAGUAGGGUAUAGAGGCCAUUUCUAUAUAUGAUUUCUUUAGCUUUUUUUUUUUUUUUUUUUUUUUUUUU